AUGCUACUCCCUCGACACUUUCGGCGGCUGGUAGCCGUUGCAGUUUUAGUUACAAUCUUCGUCAAUUGGCGCCUACUGCGACAUACCCAUGGACCGGCGGUGGCUGAUGCGCGGGCGCAAUAUCCGCUGAUCGCAAAGUACAUCGAGGGUGGGAAGGGGAGUGGUGGUGCCUGGCACUUACCACAGACAUGGACCGAUGCUUCGAACACGCCCUUGAUAGACAUCGUCACCGCAGCGCAACUGGCCCUCAACCGCUCGAGCACCGACCCCUCGGGCCACCUGCCGCACUCGAACAUCCCACGAAUCAUCCACCAAACCUGGAAAGACACGCGCUUUGAGACCUGGCGACCGAAAUACCAGGCGAGCGUGGAGAAAUGGCUGCGCGUCGUGGAGGAGGAAGACAUCCCAUACCUAUUCUGGGACGAUGCCGGCGUCGCACAAUUCAUGCGCGUCUUUGAGCCAGAGCUUGAGGCGGAAUUCUACGGCCUCCCAAGCCCCGUCGAGCGCUCAGAUGUUUUCCGCGUGCUGGUUUGCAAGUGGAUUGGCGGUGUUUACGUCGACAUGGACACAGAACCCCUGCAAUCCCCCACAUCGUGGAUAACCCCAACAGACCUAAUCCCCUGGACGGACUUCAAAACCAGCAAACUAUACCACUCAACGAAACCCGUCAACGCCAUCGUCGGCAUCGAAGCAGACACAAACCCGGACACCGACACCUAUUGGCGCAUGGGCUACUUCUUCCCCAUCCAGCUGACCCAAUGGGCCUUCGCAUUUGCGCCGCACCACCCCGCCCUCCAACUCUUCAUCGACCGCCUCCGCGAGACAAUCCGCCUCGUCGCGCGCGACCAGCAGACUCUCCCGGAAUCCGAACAGCAGCGCGGCACGGGGCUUGACUGGAUCGACCCCGUGAACCUGACCGGCCCGAUCGCGUUCACGGAUAGCGUGCGCACCUAUCUCGACACGAAGGCGGAUCUACGCUGGAACGCGCUGACGGGGCUACACGAUGACGGGAAGAGCAAGCUCGUUGAGGACGUGCUUGUCCUCCCCAUUACGGGAUUCAGUCCGGGCAGCGCGCGGUUUCGCAGUAUGGGCUCCAAGUCCGUUACGGAUUCCUCGGCGAGAUUGUAUCACCAUGCCGAGGGGUCGUGGAGGCAUUGGAGUCUAAGGGUUGAGAUGGGCAAGUUCUGUCGGACGGCGUUUGGGAAGUGUAGGGACUGGUCGAAGGUGUCGAAUAGGGAGAGUUGGAUCUUCUGA